GUUUAUGUUUAAUUGACGCCGUCAAAAAAAAUUUUCUUUUUUCUCAUUUUUUUUUUGUUCCACCACUCAAUUCAACCGUAACCGCAAAUAAAAUUGUAUAUUCGUUGUCCAUACAUAUCAUCGUGUCAAUUUGGAAACAUAUUAAUCAGAAGAAUAUAUAUUCAGUGAAAAAAAAAACAAACAAUACAAGAUGUAUAGUAAUCAACAACAACAAUAUGGUACACCACAAGGUGGUCAAUAUCCUGGCCAAUAUCCAAGUUCAGGCUAUCCAGAUAGUCCACCACAAUAUAAUCCUGAAGCUGGUUUUGGUGAUCAAUUUGAAGGAUUUAGUUCGAAAGCUGUCCGUCUUGGUUUCAUUCGAAAAGUAUAUGGAAUUUUAUCGGUUCAACUUGCCAUCACAUUUGGAUUUGUAUUUGCCAUCUCUGGCAGUGACAAAGCCCAGGAAUGGACCAGACAAAACAGUUGGCUAAUGUUUGUGGCAUUGGCCGUAGUUUUGGUAACAAUGAUUACUUUGGCCUGUUGUGGAGACAUGGCUCGUAAAACUCCACAUAAUUAUAUUUGUUUGUUCUUAUUCACGUUGGCCCAAUCAUUUUUGGUGGGCGUUACAGCUUCACUAUAUCAAUUCCAAAUAGUUAUAUAUGCGGUAUUGAUAACUGGCGUUAUUUGUCUUGGUUUGACAUUGUUUGCAUUCCAAACCAAGAUUGAUUUCACUAUAUUCAAUGGAAUGAUGUUUAUAAUAUUCAUUGUGUUUGUAAUGUUUGGUUUCAUCAUGAUGUUCUUUCCACGAAGUAACACUAUGCAUUUAAUUUAUUCUUGUAUUGGAGCCUUCCUCUUUUCAGCGUUCUUAAUAAUCGACACUCAAAUGAUUAUUGGUGGUUCACAUAAAUUGCAAAUAUCAACCGAAGAUUAUGUAUUUGCAGCAUUAACACUUUAUUUAGAUAUUAUUCAGAUAUUCAUGUAUAUUCUCAGCAUUCUUGGUGCUGCUAAUCGGAAUUAGAAAAAAAAACAAGAAAAACAUACCCUAAUUCUAAGAUGAUAAUUAUUGUUCCCGAAUGCUGCUGCUACUGCUACUGCUACUGCUGCUAAUGUUCUAUGACACAAUUGAAUCAAAAGAAGAAAAAAUUCAUUUACGAUAUAAAUCAUUAUAAUCAAAACAAUCAUUAUAAUUAUAAUUAUAAUUAUAAUAAUCUCUCAUACAAAAUGAUUUGAUUUGAUUUUCAUCUUGUGCUUAUCAUUUUAAUCCACUUAUAUAUAGCACAAUAAUAAUAAACAAAAAAAGAAUAUUCUUCUAAGCA